AUGGGCGAUAUCAGGCGGUCGACCAGUGCCUCGUCUUUGCAGUUGGUGGAAGCUAUGCGCGAUUGUCGUUUGGGCGGUUUAGAACAAAGGCUGGAGGCGGUGCUCCUCAAGAACCUUCUACGCGUGACAAGCCUCGCUGAUUCUGGAACAAUGCCGCUGAGAAAGCUGCGAGCGUUGUCCCCGCCCAAAAUGAAUAGUGAGGACAGACUGGCGCUUGAUCAUUCGUCAGUCGCUCUGGGGUAUCAGGCUAGUGUCAGGCUAGAGGAGGCAGCUGUCGACCAGCUGUCACCACUUCUCUGA